UGUUCGAGCUUCACAGCUGUUUAUGUAGCUUUGCAGAGAUAAGCUCUGUUGUCUGUGUCUGCUGAGUACAUCGAGAGGUUUCACAGUUAUUUCAMMAUGGACCUUUUCAACUCAGCUCUUGGAAGAAAUAUCACAUUUAUUCGUCCUGCUUUUUUUACAAUMAGUGGAUUUCUUGGUAUACCUUAUGUGAAGUAUUAUUAUGUGUUUCUAUUUUUUGUCUAUAUUGUUUCAGUGCUUGGAAACACAGCUGUUAUGGCUGUAAUAUAUCUGGAUCAUAACCUAAGAACUGCAAAGUAUAUUGCUGUUUUCAACCUGGCCUUUGUGGACCUGUCAGAAAGCACUGCUCUGGUGCCAAAAGUGCUUGAUAUCUUUUUAUUUGAUCACUUUAAUAUUCCCUACAAUGACUGUUUAACAUUUCUUUUCUUCAGCUUCACUUUUCUUUUUAUGCAAGCUCUUAAUCUAGUUGUUCUCUGUUAUGAUCGACUGAUGGCCAUCAUGUUUCCUUUGCAGUAUCAUACAAAGGUUACCAAUAGGGUAAUGUUGUCUUUGAUUGGCUUUUUCUGGAUCUUUGUUAUAAUUUSUCUUUURAUUACAGUUGGUUUUGUCACCAGACUUUCYUUYUGURAGUCUGWKGUUAUUAACAGUUAUUUCUGUGACCAUGGUCAGAUAUACAGACUUGCAUGUAAUGAUAAUUWUCCYARYKWURYYAUUGSYUAUUUYUUUMMAKUUCUUYUUUWUUGGMUWCCUUUURCARUCAUCYUGWGYAGUUAUMUUUGYAUUGGCUAUGCUUUGUCUAAAGUAGCCACAGCUCAAGAAAGAAUGAAGGCCUUUAAAACGUGCACAGCUCAUCUUUCAUUAGUUGCAAUCAAUUUUGUCCCAAUAUUAAUCACAUUUACCAUGGGWGGAAACAUACACCCAAAUGCCAGGAUCAUAAACCUGUCUUUGAGCUCAGUGAUUCCACCCAUGUUAAAUCCAAUAAUUUAUGUUCUGCAAACACAAGAAAUCAAAUUAUCCUUGAAAAGAAUUUUCAAAUUUAAGAGUAAAUCAAAAAUUAUGUUUAAGUAA